AUGGCGGAUAGAAAAUCAAACAAAAAUGCAGUUGUCAAGAAUGUAGAUAUGACGGAAGAAAUGCAAAUUGAUGCCAUCGAUUGUGCCAACCAAGCUUUGCAAAAAUAUAAUGUCGAAAAGGAUAUUGCAGCUCAUAUAAAAAAAGAAUUUGACAGAAAAUAUGACCCAACAUGGCACUGCGUAGUGGGCAGGAACUUCGGGUCUUAUGUUACACACGAAACUAAGAAUUUUAUUUAUUUUUACAUUGGACAAGUAGCUAUACUGCUGUUUAAGUCGGGCUAA